UCAGGGGCGAAAAGCGAUAUUCAAACAAGUGAAAAAAUGAGAAGCGUCACGUUGGCGCUGGCGUGUUCCUGCGUCUUAGCCGUUGUGAUUCCCUCCUGGACGAUGGAGGAAGCGGCCUCCUCGGUGCCGCUUCAACCCUCGUCGGGCAGGAUGGCCCUCGACUCAGAAUUGGACUCGGAGGGUCUUCAGAACGGGCCAGAAAAGCGGGUCUACACUUACGUGUCCGAGUACAAGAGGCUUCCGAUCUACAACUUUGGUCUCGGGAAGCGGUGGAGCACCGGUGGCGUCGUCCCCGAGGAUAAGAGAGCAAGAUUGUACUCCUUCGGGCUGGGAAAGCGGGCAAGGCCGUACAGUUUCGGGCUUGGAAAACGUGGUGAGAGUUACGGAAGCCAGGUAAGGAUGGAGGACGACUACGAGGAGGAGCUGCGGGAACCGCUCGAGGAGUUUCUCCAGGACAAACGGAGCCGUCUGUACAGUUUCGGUCUGGGAAAACGCACCGCGGGAGCGGAAGAACGAGGCGAUUUUGGACAGCGUUUCAAUUUCGGUUUGGGUAAACGACCCAGCGAGGCGGAAUUCGGUCGACGAUACAAAUUCGGUCUCGGCAAACGACGGCUCGACGGGGAUGAAGACGCGGAUCAACGGCAGAUCGCUCUCGCCUCCUAGGCCCUUGGAUCCCCAGCCUCUUAAUCCCCCCCCCCCCCUUCUCCUUCCAUCUGCACCGCAAUCCCAGAAAUUCUUCCGCACGAUGAAAU